CCAAAUUUACAUUUUGCACCCCCGAGAUUUUUUUCAUGUGAACCGUCCAAAGUGGUCGUCAUUCGUGCGUGUAUAUAUAAAACUCCAAAGAGUUAGAGCUCACUUAUUGUACUUCACACGGGAAAUCUCCAGAGCUUGAUCGGAAAACUCACCGGAGUUCGUGGAUCAAUAAAAAGUUUGGGGGAGUGAAUCUGAAGCCAACGACUUUUAGCAGAUCCGAUUUUGCGUUUUAUAGAAAGAGAAGAGAGGAAGAUUCAGUCUUUUCCUUUUUCAUCAAUUUUGGGAUUUCUGAAAGCUUUUUGGAUCUGAGAAAUGGUGGUGAAAGUAGCUUCGACCUGUUUGCAAUGGUCGCAGCCCAUUGUUCCCCACUCUACACCUUCCUCUCAGACCCGAGCCUCGGCCAUUUCGACUCCGUCAUCUAAUAGGCGGAGCCGCGGCGGUGGCGACGGCGGAGCUUUGUUGUGUAUGUACUUUCAGAAGCUAAACCGGUCGGCUCUGUUCGGGACGCCGUCGACUAGGCUACGCCGGUCGCAGUCUUGUGAGUCUCCGAAGCCACCGAGGAGUCGAGCCAUCCGCCGCGGCUUCAGUGCCAGCCUGGACGCCUUUUCCGACGAGGAAUUCUCUAGGAAGAUUCAGGAAUUGGCUCUCAGGUUCCAGCUCUCCGACGACGACGGUAACGCCGUUAGUUCUGACUCAUCCGAAGCCGCUUCAGAAACUCACGGCGUUAGAGACGGGGAGGAUUUCGGUGUUUUGAGCGAGGAGUCGUCUAGGAUGAGGUUUCUACAGAGCAACAGUCGGUUCCCGCACGAUUUGGAGCCUCCGUGGCCGUCGGAUUGGCACGAGAUUGUCCCCGAGGCGAGCAUCGAACGAAAGGCCAACAGCGUCGACCUCCCUCUGUCGCUUCGAAUGAUUAAGAGGAAGCUGCAAUGGCAGCAGGAUGUCUACUUCAGAGACGUCGGCGAAUCGGCCUACUGCUCUAUGAGGAGGGCCUUUUCUUCCAUGGUGUUCAUCAUCCGAGAGCUCCACAGCUCCUGUCUACAGAUGCGAGAGGCCUUGUUUUACGAAGAUUUACGGGGAAUUCUGGGCCGAGUUCAGAAAGAGAUGCAGGCUUCUUUCGUGUGGCUGUUUCAGCAAGUCUUCUCUCAAACGCCCACGCUAAUGGUUUACGUGAUGAUCUUACUCGCGAAUUUCACCGUCUACUCGGUAGGCCACAACGCCGCCAUUGCAGCCCCUCCGCCUGCUUACGCAGCCGCGACAGAAGCAGUUUCCAUGUCGACGGAUGUUCAAGAUGACCAAAGCACCACCCAAUUUGAUUCCUCGACGAGUAAAUCUUACAGAGUUUCUUCAUCCUCCGGUGGGAAGACGACUUCCAUUGGAGGAGGCAGCGGCGGAGGGGGGAAUGUCCGCCCCGUAGGGAGCGGCACUGAAGGGGACGGAGGGUUUGACGGUUCUGAUCAGUACCGAACAAUUGUCCCCGACGGUGCUUACCAUUUGUCUAUGGGGACAACAGGGCAAGAGAGCAGAGAAGAGGAGAUGGCUCUGUGGAAUUCAGUAGUGGAAGAAGCACAUCAAAUGCAAGGAAGAGAUGAGUCUCUAGACCAAGAAACGAUCCAGAGAUUCGUAUCACCCGUCAACGUAGAAAUGGAAAGUGAUGAUUACGCAGAGUACUUGAGAACGGAGAUGUUCUACCAAUCGGAAUUGUCCAAAGAACCCAGCAAUUCUCUCCUCCUCUCCAACUACGCUCAGUUCCUCCACCAAGUUGCUCAUGACAAUGAUAGAGCUGAAGUGUACUUCAAGAGGGCAGUAGGGGUGGAGCCGGCGGACGCGGAGGCCUACAAUAAGUACGCCACCUUCCUAUGGAGGGCGAGAAACGACUUGUGGGCGGCGGAGGAGACCUACUUGGAAGCCAUUAACGCCGAUCCCAGCAACUGUUACUAUGCAGCUAAUUACGCUCAUUUCCUCUGGAACACGGGCGGCGAGGACACGUGUUUCCCUCUCGGCGACGCCACGGAAGAAGCUUAGCUGAAUAAAAUGCACGCGGAAAAUGAAAGAUAUAAUAAACCUAAUAGACUAGGGAACAAGCCACCGUCUUCCCUUUGCUUUCCCAUCUCCCUGGAAUUGGGUUUGUAUAUUCUCAAAAAACAAAUAUAUAAAAAAUAAAAGGAGAGAAAUAGAAGGGUCAUUUAGUAUUUUCAUCCUGAAAUCAUGGGCGGCGGAAGUGGUGGCGUUGGGAAGCUAGCGGAGGAGGAUGCACGUGACAGAGAAUGGGACGUAUGGAGAUGGUUUUGGCUUCUGAGAGACUGUCGUUAUUAAUUAUUAUUUUUGGUUUACAGAAAAACACAUGGCAAAGUGUAAUUAGCUGCUGUAAUUAUGUGCCCAUCUUUAAAUUAGUACAAAAACAAUCGAAAAGAUUUAAUAUAAAAUUUUCUCAUAAAGCACGUGUUUCUCGUGCAUUUUUGCUUUCUA